CAAAUGGUGCCAAUCAUUAACUGGAGUGCUUAAAAUCAAUCAUACCUUUCAAUCCUUUCAAUCCGAUUUUUUAAAAAUCUCCUUGUAUCUUCUUCAAAUUGGUUAUAACCUAAGCAAACAUGUGAAACGAAUGUGUAAGGCUCAGAAAAACAGAAACUCAACCUCAAAGAGCAGAUGCAACAGGGAACUUGCUUUUAGUUUUGUAGAAACACUUUUAAAAAUUCCACACAAUGCGCUUUUUACUGUUACUUGCGUUACCCCUAUUUGUGAGGGGAGAGGCGCCAAAAAUGUUUGGGUAUGUUGCAUCUCCCAAUUUUCCUCAAGGAUAUCCUGAAAAUGUGGAUCAGAGCUGGGAGCUACGUGUGCCAUCUGGGUUUGCAAUACACCUGACACUGGUGCACCUAGAUAUUGAGAUGUCAGAAGGAUGCUCUUUCGAUGCUCUCAAUGUUUCUACAGAUGAUGAGCUGUUGGCAACGCUGUGUGGAGAGAAAGACUAUGAAGCUCUUAGAGUUGAGGUGAACCCUAAGCUUCAAUCACAGUUUGGUUCUCUGACUCUGAGUUUUCGGAGUGACUAUUCCAAUCCUAAACGACAUAUUGGGUUCUCAGCAUACUAUACAGCUGUUGAUAUUGAUGAAUGUGAAGAGACUGCUACGUGUUCUCAUGACUGCAACAAUUAUAUUGGAGGAUACUACUGUUCUUGUCAACCUGAAUACUUCCUUCAGGAAGACAAUUCGACCUGCUCAGUAAACUGCAGUGGACAGAUCUUCACCAGUCUCAGUGGUAUUGUGAGCAGCCCCAUUCUCCAUGGUCAUUACCCUGAGAAUUCAGCCUGUGUGUACCAGCUUGAGGUGGAUGACGGCUUCCAGCUCAUUAUCGGAUUCACAGGAGUCUUUGAUAUUGAGGGAGAAGAUGGGAACUGCAUUGAUCAACUCAGGAUUAGAACCAAGAAUCAGAUAUUUGGCCCAUUCUGCGGCACAGUGGCCCCUCAGCCCAUAAAAACUAAGUCGCAUGUAGCUGAAAUACUUUUCAACACCAAUGGCUAUGGCACUAACACAGGAUGGACUUUGGACUAUAAAACCAAUGCAAAAACUUGUCCAAAUGUUGUGACUGCAAAUAGCGUCAUGAAGCCAGACCGUAACGUUUACCAGUACAAAGACAUUGUAACUGUGACUUGUACAAAAGGUUUUGAGAUUGUUAAGAAUGAUGUAACAAAGUUUGAGUCCAAGUGUCAGAAAAAUGGGGAGUGGAGUAAUGUAGAGAUCUGUCAAGCUGUGGACUGCGGCGAACCAAAUGACAUGGAGAAUGCAAUAACGGACUUCAACGAGACUACUUAUAAAGCCACAGUCAGAUAUAAAUGCAAUGACUACUAUGAAUUGUCAAGCAAUAACACAAGUGAUACAUUUUGUAGUGCUGAUGGUACUUGGGUGACAAAUGGGAUAGAGAGUGAACUACCACAAUGUAUACCAGUUUGUGGAAAAUCAAAUCUUAUGUCUUCAGUCCAACGUAUCUUUGGUGGAAAGAAAGCAAAUGAGGGAAAUUUUCCCUGGCAGGUGUUCUUUAUGGAACCACGAGGAGGAGGGUCUCUCAUUUCAGACCAGUGGGUGCUCACUGCUGCACAUGUGGCAGAAGCAGAAACUUUGAAAAUGUAUGCAGGAAGAAUGAACAUAAAUGGUCCUGAAGGUGUAGAACUGCAUGCGGCAGAAAAAAUUAUUCACCCUAACUAUCAAAUUCACAGCAAACCUCAGUACAAUUAUGACAAUGACAUAGCAUUGAUUAAAUUAGAAGAAAAGGUCAAACUUGGGCCCCAGAUUUCCCCAAUAUGCCUUCCAAAAAAUAAGCAGUCUGAUGAGCUGCAAAAUGGGGAAAUUGGUUUAAUUGCAGGAUGGGGUGUCACAGAGGAAAGAAAAUUAGCUGAAGAUCUAAUGUAUGCAGAAAUCCCUGUGGUGAACAUGGACUUUUGUAAGAGUGUUAAACCAAAAAGUAGUAAAAUCAAACCAGAAAAUUUCAUCUUCACAGAAAAUAUGUUUUGUGCUGGAAUGAGUGGGACAGACAGCUGCCAAGGUGACAGUGGUGGUGCAUUUGCUGUUCCAGAUAUGAAUACAGAUGAUUAUCACAUUAAAGGAAUCAUCUCAUGGGGAAUUGGGUGUGGAUCAUAUGGAGUAUACACAAAGGUAGCCAACUACUUGGGAUGGAUAGAAGAUACAAUGUUGCAGAAUCAGGACUGAUCAAUAUGUCUCAAUAAAUGAUAAUGUUAAUGUUACUUUAAAUAUAACUAAACAAGUUUUUAAAACAACAUGUUAAAAACCUAAUUUUUAUGUAAAAUCUUUGUUUUACAAAUAAAAAAUAUAC